AUGGCUUCCAUAAAUUUACAUUCCACUAUUUGCAUUCUCUCUCUCUUUCUCAUGCUCCAUUUCUUUUCUCCUUUCCCAUUCUUCUGCAAAUCCGCGCUAGCACAGAAUCCUUCAGGCACCAUAUUUGAUAGUGGCCGGCUUUCAAUUAAUCGCGCCUUAGUAGAAACCGGAAGUUUCCUUUCUUUGAUCAAUGGUUACCUCAACCUUGGACAAACAUUGUCACAAACCACCAUUUUUGCUCUCCAAGAUUGCCAAUUUCUCUAUAGCUUGAACAUUGAUUUCUUGUCAAACACUAUUCAAACCAUUAAUUCAACAAAUACUCUUCAGACAUUUCAAGCUGAGGACACUCAAACCUUGCUUUCUGCAAUUUUAACCAACCAACAAACAUGUUUAGAUGGUCUUCAAGCCAUAAAUUCUGAUUUAACUAUUAGAAAUGCCCUUUUAGCCCCACUCACUAAUGGAACUCUGCUAUAUGGUGCGUCUCUUUCACUUUUUACGCAAGGUUGGUUUCCUGACAUGACAAAAAGCCGGUGGCUAAUGGAUAGAGAGCAAAUUUUUUCCAAGAACAUUGAUCUCAGACAAGAUGGUCAGUUGCCAUUGACAAUGUCAAGCGAAAACCGGAACAUUUACGAGUCACUGAUUGGAACAAAACUCCUCCAAAAAAGUGGGGGUAAUGUGGCUGUUAGCCAAGUGGUGGUUGUAAAUCCGAAUGGAAGUGGGAAUUUCACUACCAUCAAUGCUGCAAUCGCUGCAGCGCCAAUCAACACGAAUCCGAACAAUGGGUAUUUCUUGAUUCAUGUGGUUGCAGGGGUUUAUGAAGAGUAUGUUUCCAUUGGCAAGAACCAGAGGUACUUGAUGAUGGUAGGAGAUGGAAUCGACCAGACUAUCAUUACCGGUAGUCGGAGUGUGGGUGAUGGAUGGUCAACAUUUAAUACUCAAACAUUUGCUGUGGUUGGGGAAGGAUUUGUUGCCAUAAACAUAACCUUCCGUAACACAGCCGGGGCAAUCAAGCACCAAGCAGUGGCAGUCAGAAAUGGUGCAGACCUCUCCACAUUUUUUCGCUGCAGCUUCGAUGGCUACCAAGACACCUUGUAUACCCAUUCCCAGAGACAAUUCUACAGAGAAUGCGACAUCUAUGGAACCGUGGACUUCAUCUUCGGAAAUGCAGCAGCUGUCUUCCAAAACUGCAACAUCUAUCCGCGACUUGGAAUGACAGGACAAACCAACACCAUCACUGCACAAAGCAGGACACACGAAAACCAGAACACUGGCAUAUCAAUCCACAACUGUAACAUCAGAGCAGCUAGUGACUUGGCGAAUUCGGGAAAUGGCAAGACGAAGACGUUCCUAGGGAGACCAUGGGAGGGGUACGCGAGGACGGUUUUUAUGCAGAGCUUCCUGGAUGGGUUGAUUGAUGCUGCCGGUUGGUUGGAAUGGAAUGGGGAGGUGCCGCCCCCGACGUUGUAUUAUGGUGAGUUUGGUAAUACGGGAGCGGGCUCGGGGACUGGCGGGAGGGUGGCAUGGCCUGGUUUCCAUGUGAUGAGUGCAGCGGAUGCGGCUAAAUUCACUGUGGGCAGCUUCAUUUCAGGGGAUGCGUGGUUGCCUGCAACUGGUGUUCCUUUUGCUGCUGGUUUAUUGUGA